CAGGCGGCGGCGCAGGCGGCCACACACCGCCACCAUGGUGCAGCGCCCGGAGAAUGUACGUCAUCUUCCCGGCUGAAGAAGUCGUGGAUCUCACGCUCGGCAUCGUCACCGAACCGCGCCACCACGGGCUGCUCUGCCCGCACCACCGAAACCUUCUCACAGAUCCUGGGACGGAGUCAACCGGACCGGGCCACAAGCAACAACAACUACCGCCACCACCGCAACUACAAGAGCAGCGACCGAAGAACAAGACGCAGCAGACGAAGAAAGAGAAGAGAAAGACGAAACGGCACAAGGAUAGCAUCGCGAUGGCGGGUGGGGGUGAGGCGUCGCUGCGCGAGCUGACGCACCCCGCGCUCAACGAGGCGCUCAAGGCGCACAACGCCGUCACCUUCAAGCUCGUCAGGACCGCUCUGUCAACCUAA